GGAGUCGAGUACUUGGGCGCAUGCGGUAACCGUAUCUCAGCUCUCGCGAGGUUUCGUCUUCCCGGAAGCAUUGGAGGACGUUUCCUGUUGACUGCGUCGCGAUGUGUGGAGACUGUGUGGAGAAGGAAUAUCCCAACCGGGGUAACACCUGCCUUGAGAAUGGAUCUUUCUUGCUGAACUUUACAGGCUGUGCGGUGUGCAAUAAGCGGGAUUUUAUGCUUAUCACAAACAAAUCCUUGAAAGAAGAAGAUGGAGAAGAAAUAGUUACCUAUGACCCAGAUUUGUGUAAGAAUUGUCAUCAUGUAAUAGCCAGACAUGAGUAUACAUUCAGUAUCAUGGAUGAAUUUCAGGAGUAUACCAUGCUGUGUCUGUUAUGUGGCAAAGCUGAAGAUACUAUCAGUAUUCUCCCUGAUGACCCCCGACAAAUGACUCUCUUAUUCUAAGAAUCCUUCUGCAGAUCUGUUAUAGCUAUGUUGGGUUGGUUUACAGUACAGCAAGCCUGAUGGUUUGUCCUUUUCAUUCAUACUGAAAAUUCUUUGCCUAUUUUUUUUCUGCUUAGACUUAUUUAUUCUUUGGGGAAAAAAGUAACAUAGGAGAUGAUCAUUAUUCUCUAGAGCUGAGCUCUUCUGCUAAAGUUUACAGUUCAUAUCAAUGUAGCCAGUGAAGCAUCUUUGUUAGCAGUUAUGUGGUCAGAAAACAACUAGAAUGGGAACACACCUUCCCAGAUUUUGGUUUCCAAUAAAAGGAACCAGGGCUCCUUGGAAAUUAAUUCUAGAACUCGGACAGGAAAUAUACAAGAUAAGCCUAGAGCAUCUUCUGCCACCGAAAACUGAAGUACUGAAAUUAAAAAAAAAGGUGGGGGGCGCUGGGCAUGGUGGCUCACACCUGUACUUCCAGCACUUUGGGAGGCUGAGGCAGGUGGAUCAUGAGGUCAGGAGAUCAAGACCAUCCUGUCCAACAUGGUGUAACCCCAUCUCUACUAAAAAUACAAAAAUUAGCUGGGUGUGCUGGUGCAUGCCUGUAAUCCCAGCUACUCAGGAGACUGAGGUAGGGGAAUUGCUUGAACCAGGGAGUCAGAGGUUGCGGUCAGCUGAGAUCAUGCCACUGCACCCCACUCUGGUGUCUCAAAAAAAAAAAAAAAAAAAGUUACAGUGAUUGGGAGUAUGUCAAACAGACAGAGGCUCGAACUGAAGGAUCUCUGAAUGGCCAAAGCUGGAGCAGUUUGAGUAACAAAAUAAAGUAGUAUUGGAUUAUAACCCAAACUAUAUAAUAAAUAUUUACAAGUCCAAACUAACAUAAAUGAUUGAAUGAGAACAAAUGUCUUGUGCAGAAGAAUUUCAAAUAAUUUAUGUAGAUACUUCCCACUUAGUGUGGGCUCUGCAUAGUGACUUCCUUGCAAAGAGUGUAAUAUGGAAGGGGAGGAAAAGAGUAACUUUACAGUGGAGAAAUCUGACAGACACUAGCUCAGCCAGAUGAUUGAGGUUACAUCAUCCAUGAUAAGCCCUACUGAUAGCAUGUAUCCUUGAUAGCAUCACAGCACACAGAAUGUGAUAAGAAUGGCACUUUAGCUUUGAUCUUCCUCCCAAAAACCUAGAACCCAAGUCUGAUCAGAGAAAAUCAUCACACUAAUUUCAGUUAAGUUGUAUUCUAUAAGAUACCUAACGAGUACUCCUCAAAACUAUUAAGGCCAUCAAAAACAAGGAAAAUCUGAGACAUGGUCACAGCCAAGAGAAGCCUGAGAAGAUAUGACUGCUAAAUGUAAUGUGGUAUCCUACACAGGGUUAUGUACCAGAAAAAAAAAAAAAGGUCGUUUGGUAGAAACUACGGAAAUCUGAAUACAGUGUGGACUUUAGUUAAUAGGAAUGAGAAAUGGUUUCAUUUGCUCUAAAGGGAUCUUAGAGUAUCUGCAUGGUUGCAUGAGCACUGGCUUGGAGGUUAUACACUCUGGCUUUUAAGCCUUUCUGCCAUUUACUAGCAGUAUAGUCAGUAAGCAAAGCAUUACUCUGGACUUUAUUGUCCUGUUUCUAUCAAAUUGGACUAAUAAAAAUUGAUAUUAUAUAUUCAUCACAUUGUUAGAAGAUUUAAAUGAAUUAGUGAAUGUAAAAUACUUUAGAAAACAUACAAAGUACUAGAUACAAUGAGGUGGCUUCAGUUAGUGCUUAUUCUGAGACCUAAAUUUAAAAGGUCAGCCAUUAGAAACAAAAAUGUUUCUUCUUCAUAUCUUGGAGAUCUGGAAAUUCUGAACUAAGGCUUGGCUUAUAAGAAAAAAGAAAUGAGCAAAGUAUUCAUUGUAGAUAUCAGGAAAAAGCUUUGUUGAAUAACAGUAAAAAUAAUAACUGAGGUUUAUUAAGUACUUACUGUGUGCUAAGACCUUUUUAAGCACUUACUCAUUCCUCAUUAACAACUUCAUGAGGUAGGUGCUAUUGAUAGCUUAGCCACAACCAGAUAUGGCUUGUUAUUUUUAGGUUAUCAUGAAGAGGUUUAUGUUCACUGUUCUUUAUUUCAGUGUAUCACUUAGAGCCCAAAAAUCUCAGGCACAAAGAAGUUAAAUAACUUGCUUAAGGUCACACAGCUAGUGCAGUGACCCCUUCUCGGUAAUAGUGUUUGGCAAAUAUGAAGUAUAAGGAUCUGGCAAGGUCAGGAAGAGGUUGAGAAUAUCAAUGACAGCACUCUGAGGCAUCUGGACAUGUCAGAUGAAGAUUUAUUAUUCAGAAAAGUUAAGUCAGCUGUUGUAGGGAUCAGUUGUUUUAUUCCUGGAAAAUGUUUUUCAUUUUGCUGCAAAUCUAUAUCUGACCCGCUGAGGAAAUCGUUUGGUGAAAUGAAUCCAGAAAGCAGAGAAAAUGCUUCAUUACUUUAAAUAGCAGCAUUAAGCCCAUUAUAGCCUCUAAAUUGCCUCUUCCUUGAGCUUGCUAAUGCUUCCAACUUAGUCAUUUGAAGCUCAAGAGUAUAAUUUUAUAUGACCUGCCAAUGUCCUCAUCUAUGGCAGAAUGCAUAAUUAUUUGUUUUGGACUAUAUGUUACAAAAAUUUAAAACGUUAAGAUCCUUUAUAUAUUUCAUUAUUGGUAAACCAAUGUUGUGCUGUUUUUGUGAUAUUUUAUCAUUUUCUAGGUUCUUCUGUGGAUCUAAUAGAAUAAAGACCUCUUGAACCCA